UCUGGAAUUAGUCGUACCCACAGAGAGAGAGAGAGACGGAGAAUGGGGCUUGGAAGCUCGAAAGAAGAUUCACCUGAUGGUGCCAAAGAAGAAGGAUCAUCCCGUAUCUCUCGGCUGAAACAGAGGCUUCACCUUCAUCGUCAUCAUCAUGGACCGAGCGGCUCCUCCUCUUAUCAAAAACUUCUUGCUGCUGAUGGUUUCGCUGGAAUUGCUCUCCUUACUCUCAUUCGCGCGGAGAUGAAGUUCAAGGACAAGUGGCUCGCCUGUGUUUCUCUUGGAGAGCAGACCUUCCGUACUGAGAUCUCCGACCACACAGACAGCCCCGUUUGGAAAUCUCAGGAAAAGAAACUUCUUUUGGAAAAAAAUGGGCCUCAUGUUGCAAGGAUUUCUGUGUUUGAGACCAAUAGAUUGUCCCGCAACAAUCUCAUUGGAUAUUGUGAGAUUGAUCUCCUUGAAUUUAUUAUAGGGGAUGGGGAUUCAGACUUUGAUGUCUUUGACCUGUUAGAUCCAUCAUCAUUGGACACAGUAGUCGGCCGCAUUUGUCUUUCAUGUUCAGUUGAGGAUCCAAUUGAAACAGAAAAAAGAUUUGCAAGACGCAUCUUAUCUAUAGUGGACUACAAUGAAGAUGGGGAGCUUUCAUUUUCUGAAUUUUCUGACUUAAUUAAUGCUUUUGGCAAUCAACUAGCAGCCGACAAGAAAGAGGAGCUCUUUAAAGUGGCUGACAAGAAUGGGGACGGUAUUGUUUGCGUGGAUGAGUUGGCUGCCCUUCUUGCUAUUCAACAAGAAAAGGAACCACUAAUUAAUUGCUGUCCUGUUUGUGGUGAGAUUUUGGAGGUUUCUGAUAAGCUGAACACUAUGGUUCAUUUGACUCUCUGUUUUGAUGAGGGAACUGGGAAGCAGGUCAUGACUGGUGGUUUUUUGACUGAUAAACAGGCCUCAUAUGGAUGGAUGUUUAAACUAAGUGAAUGGGCUCAUUUUUCAUCCUAUGACAUUGGUAUAAAUUCCGGAUCAAGUGCUUCACAUAUUCUGGUAUUUGAUCGGCAGACAAAGAGGCUUGUGGAAGAAUUAAUUGAUGGAAAGAUAGUUUUGUCAAUGAGAGCUAUUUACCAGUCAAAAAUUGGGCUUGGCCUAAUGGACAAAGGGGCAAAGGAACUCUUACAGAACAUCUCCGAAAAGCACGGGAGGCGAAUGAAUUCAGCUGAGUCUGCUCAAGACAUACUGAAGUUUGUUGAAUUUUUUAAGGAUCAAAUCAAUUUGGCUGAAGUCAAGUACCCUGUGGAGCACUUUAAGACUUUUAAUGAAUUUUUCAUAAGAGAGUUAAAGCCUGGUGCAAGACCAAUUGCCUGUAUGGAACGUGAUGAUGUUGCGAUAUGUUCCGCUGAUAGCCGUUUGAUGGCGUUUAAAUCUGCGGAUGAUAGUCUAAGAUUUUGGAUUAAGGGUCAAAAGUUUUCAAUUCACGGCUUGUUGGGACAAGAUGUAUAUUCCAAUGCUUUUAGUGAUGGAGCAUUGGUGAUAUUUCGUUUGGCACCGCAGGAUUAUCAUCGGUUCCAUAUUCCAGUUUCUGGAACCAUUGAGAAAUUUGUAAACAUACCUGGAAGCUUAUAUACAGUCAACCCCAUUGCUGUAAAUAGCAAGUAUUGUAAUGUCUUCACUGAGAAUAAGCGAGUGGUAUCAACUAUUUCAACUGCAGAUUUUGGAAAGGUGGCACUUAUUGCAAUUGGGGCAACUAUGGUUGGCAGCAUCACCUUUUCAAAGAAAGAGGGCGACUAUGUCAAGAAGGGAGAUGAGUUUGGAUAUUUCUCGUUUGGUGGAAGCACAGUUAUUUGUGUUUUUGAGAAGGAUGCAAUUGAGAUAGAUGAGGACCUCCUAUCAAAUAGCACCAGAUCACUCGAGACAUUGGUUCAAGUUGGAAUGAAGUUGGGAGUCUCCACAAGAAAACUAUCAGAAAUUAAUUAGUUGCCGAACAUGGAAACUUGUAUCUUAGGUGAUUGAGAAUAUGAGAUAGUUCACUCUUCUUUGUGAUACCAGAGAGGUGUUUUAUUUAUAUUAUAAUUUCGACUUACAUCAAGCCAGAAUCUUAUCAUUAAUUAAUGACAUGCUUUUUUCUAA